UCCAUCCAUAAAAACACAACAAAUAAACUAUAGUCAGCAGCAGCGGCAAAGGAAUUGAUUGAAAGGAAAUGGAGCAAGGAAAACAGGGAGUGAUGGUUGCGAAGGUCAUGCAUCAGCAGCAGAACCCAAUAGAGCAGCUACAGGCUCGUUUCAAGGAGUUGGAAGCUGGCUUCAGGGCUUGGCUAGCCAAGCAGUCCUUGCCCGUCGAGGUCGCCGUCGUCACCGCCACCAGCGCCGCCCAGGGCGCCGCCAUAGGUGGCUUCAUGGGCACUCUCACCAACGACGUUUCGUCUUCUAUCCCAACUCCUCCUCCUCAGGCCGCUUCCCUCAACCCACAAGCCAUGGCCUCUUUCAAACAAGCCCAGGCUCUUGCCGGGGGUCCAUUGGUACAAGCUCGCAACUUUGCUGUGAUGACAGGUGUCAAUGCUGGCAUAUCCUGUGUCAUGAAACGACUGAGAGGCAAGGAGGAUGUCCAGUCUAGCAUGGUGGCAGCCUUUGGUUCUGGAGCGAUGUUUUCAUUGGUGAGUGGCAUGGGUGGCCCAAAUCUGGCAGCAAAUGCUGUCACUUCUGGGCUUUUUUUUGCUCUUGUUCAAGGUGGACUUUUCCAGAUAGGGCAAAAGUUCUCUCAACCACCAACUGAAGAUAUUUUCUAUUCCAAAACAAGAUCUAUGUUGAAUAACCUUGGCCUCCAGAAUUACGAGAAGAAUUUCAAGAAAGGCUUAUUAACAGACACCACAUUGCCUCUGCUCACUGAUAGUGCCCUUAGAGAUGUGAAAAUACCUCCCGGACCAAGGCUUCUCAUUCUUGAUCACAUUCAGAGGGACCCAGAGAUCAAAGAUAAUAGGCGAGGAAGUGGUCGCUGAAUAUCAUCUAUCAAUCUAGUUUGCUGCCAACUAUCUUUUACCCAUUAAACCUUAGAAAACACAGGAGUCUAUGUUUUAUAUGAGAACAACAUAUUUUGGUGGUUUAACAGAUUAAGUUCUGCUCGAGUAGUUUUGAUUUUCAUGGUGCAAUGAAUGGGUUCAAAUAAUGCUGUUUAUGAGCUUGAA